AUGCGGGUUGGAGGCCCUCCGGACACGCGCGUCCAGUUUUACAGCAACCGCAUAGCGAAUCCACGUACAUAUCACUUCCUCCUCGCUCGUAUCCCACGCACCAUCAAUCCGAUUUCCAAGUUCUACAUCCAGCACCCAGGCAGCCGUGAGAUGGACUCCCGACAUGUGCAUUUCGACCUCAUCCCCCGAGGGAGGACACAAUACACCAGACACGACGAAGAGUACACAUACCAAAGCAGUCGAGAGGGUGUCUGCGAGGACACCCCCUCCCACCUCCUAACACGGCACUCACAUUCACGCGUAUCUCCACUUCUCCUCCCCGUGUCCGACUCGCACUCCUCCCAGCCAACAAUCUACAUAGUAACCUUCAGCAACGUGCAGACACCCACACUCCAGGCGCUAAACCACCUCCUCACAGACCAUCUGCCUCACCGCGAUCCUCCCAUUCCUCACCUAUAUACCAUCGACGCAUCGAACAUGACGCCUCCGCCGUCCCAGAUAUGCGCAGCAUACUCGGGCUUAUCACCCGUUGUGCAAGAAUACGUCAUGCAGGAUGCUCGCGCACGAGAAGCGGUGCGGCGCGCGGUUAAGGAAUUGCUUGCGUUUGGAGAGCGGAAGAGAGGGGGAAGGGGAAGAAACGAGGUGGCACUCAGUGUAUGCUGUGUUGCAGGGACACAUCGCAGUGUGUCUAUUGCGGAGCGGAUUGCAAGGGAGGUCAAUACCGAAGUGCGGAGACUAGGGGGCGGGGAUGGAGUGAGGGUUGUGGCAAGACAUGUGCAUCGUGUCAGGGGGAAGAGGGAUCCAUUUUAA